CUUUCCUCCUCUACUGGGUUUCCUUCUUUCCACUUGCUCCCACUGGCAGAGCAGAUGUGACUCAGAAACCGGUUUCUCAGGGUUGUAAUAUUAGAUGAUACAGCGUGGGUCAUUACACAGUAAACUAAUGCCUUUGUUUCACUGGGUUGGGCCUCCUAGAAGGUGGUGUUGCAGCCGUGCUACUGGAAAAGCACUCACAGGUGUGGAAAGAAAGGGUUUGCCUCCGACCUGGGCUCCUAGAGACCUUUCUCUCUGCUGGGAAGCAUUUUGAUGUUAAUCAGAAAUAUCUCCAGAAGAUUCUAAAAGCUGUGGAGGUGAAGCAAGUCUGUGAGGGACCAGUAUGGGAAUCCUCUACUCUGAGCCCAUCUGCCAGGCAGCCUAUCAGAAUGACUUUGGUCAAGUUUGGCGGUGGGUGAGGGAAGACGGCAACUGUAUCAACGUUCAAGAUGGCUUUAACGGAGACACUCCCCUGAUCUGUGCUUGCAGGCGAGGGCACCUGAGAAUUGUUUCCUUCCUUUUAAGAAGAAAUGCUGAUGUGAACCUCAAAAACCAGAAAGAGAGAACCUGCUUGCAUUACGCUGUGAAGAAAAAAUUUACCUUCUUUGACUAUCUACUUAUUAUCCUCCUAAUGCCUGUCCUGCUUAUUGGGUAUUUCCUCAUGGUAUCAAAGACAAAGCAGAAUGAGGCUCUUGUCCGAAUGCUACUUAAUGCUGGUGUUGAAGUUAAUGCUAUGGACCGUUAUGGCUGCACUGCGUUACACUAUGCCUGCGAAAUGAAAAACCAGAGUCUUAUCCCUCUGCUCCUGGAAGCCCAUGCAGACCCCACGAUAAGAAAUAAGCAUGGUGAGACUUCCCUGGAUAUUGCAGGGAGAUUAAAAUUUUCCCAGAUUGAACUAAUGCUAAGGAAAGCAUCAUAAUCCUUGUGGCCUCAGAUGGAGAAGUGGAAAAAGCUGAAGGACUGGAUUCUAUCUCCAUCUUGGACUGUUGGUCUGUGGGCCAAUCAACCUGGAUGCCACCGUCUUAUGGGGAUAAUAAUGGUUACCAUGGGUAAUAUUUUCGAAGAGCUUUGUAUUUGUUUUUGCUCAAUGGACUUCACCAUGGCCAUAAUCCUUCUAGGGGAAACACUAACGCUGUUGGAUUCUCCAUUUCCAUCAAAAAAAAAAGGUGAUGCUUCGCAUUCAGUCUCUCCUGAAGAUCAGUGUUAUCUCAGAUUGUGUUCUCCCUUCUCAGUUGUAUUGCUCUUAUAAAGAGGCUGCCCUGUCUUUAUCAUGCCCCAGGAGAUAGACUGUUCCUCUUAGGCCUCUUUAAGUAGGAAGAGGAAGAAUGGAAGUAUUAGAUUGGUGCAAAAAUAAUUGUGGUUUAAAAGGUUAAAAAUAAUUGCAAAAACUGCAAUUACUUUUGCACCAACCUAAUACGUACAUUUGUACAGAAUAGUGUGUGUAUGUGUGUGAUUUUAGAGAUUCAUAUGUAAAUGCUCCUUUGGCAAAACAACUUCAACAAAAAUAUUUACCAGUUGUCAGUGGUGGCAGUUUUACACCUCAGACAUGGCAAAUGCUAAAAUCAAGGUUUUUGGUUUUUUUUCUGGAGAGCCAGUUUACCAGCACACUGCUAGACAUUUUGGUAUCAGUUUACAAAUAAAACCAUCUUGAUUUUGAACAACACUAUGUAACUAUCAAGAUGUUUGUUCAAAAACAUCUUUAGGGGUGGUUGGUUUAGCUCAGUUAGUUAGAGCACAAUGCUCAUAACACCAGGGUUGCCGAUUCAACCCUUGCAUGGGCGAGUGUGAGCUGCGCACUCCACAACUAGAUUGAAACAACUACUUGACUUGAAGUUGAUGGGUCCUGGAAAAACACACUUAA